AUGGCGUUUGAGGAAGUAGCAUAUUCAAGGCCUCUUUUCCUCACGAUCUACACCGUUGUUAUUGUUGGCAUCGUUGUUUCCUCCUUAUACGUCUUCUCUGCAAUUCACUACUCUCCCACAACCUCUUCUUCUGCUUGGUCCUCUAUUCCUCCUCUUUCAAAUGACGAUUCCCGGCUUAACAUUUCUCAAUCGGAAGUUGUGCGUGUUGUACCUUCUGCUUUCUCUGAGCCCCAGAAUAUGUCAAAGAAGGCUGUUUUGAAUGUUCCUCCUCGCAAUAAAAAAAUGCCGCCUUUGAAAGAUUUCAGACUCAACAAAGAACUUGUUCAACAAAGGGUGAAAGAUAACAUUAUAAUAGUUACCUUUGGUAACUAUGCGUUCAUGGACUUUAUUCUGACAUGGGUUAAGCAAUUGAAUCAUCUGGGCCUUUCCAAUUAUCUUGUUGGUGCAAUGGACACCAAAUUAUUGGAGGCACUUUACUGGGAAGGGAUACCGGUUUUUGACAUGAACAGUCAUAUGAGCACCGUAGAUGUUGGCUGGGGUUCUCCAACAUUUCAUAAGAUGGGCAGAGAAAAAGUUAUUUUGAUAAACUCCAUACUGCCUUAUGGUUUCGAACUAUUGAUGUGUGAUACUGACAUGGUUUGGUUGAAGAAUCCACUUCCAUAUUUUGCUCGUUAUCCCGGAGCAGAUGUUUUAACAUCCAGUGAUCAAGUUGUACCAACCGUUGUUGAUGAUAGUCUGGAAGUUUGGCAAGAAGCUGGUGCGGCCUACAAUAUAGGAAUUUUCCAUUGGAGACCUACAGAGUCUGCGAUAAAAUUGGCAAAGGAAUGGAAGGAAUUGCUUCUGGCUGAUGAUAAGAUAUGGGAUCAGAACGGGUUUAAUGAUAUUGUCCACAGAGAGUUAGGGCCGUCGGUUGACGAGGACAGUGGACUUGUUUAUGCUUAUGAUGGAAAACUAAAGCUCGGAAUUUUGCCUUCAAGUAUCUUCUGCAGUGGCCAUACAUAUUUUGUCCAGGCUAUGUAUCAGCAACUCAGGUUAGAGCCGUAUGCAGUGCACACUACAUUUCAAUAUGCAGGGACUGAAGGAAAGCGCCACCGACUACGAGAAGGCAUGCUUUUCCAUGACCCGCCUGAAUACUAUAAUCCUCCUGGGGGUUUCUUGUCAUUUAAGCCAUCUAUUCCGAAAAGCUUGUUACUAACUGGGAACCAUACUGUUGGAUCACAUUUUACCCUCAUUAAUUACCAAAUGAAACAGAUUAGGACUGCACUUGCGAUUGCCUCCCUUCUUAACAGAACGCUGGUCAUGCCCCCAUUAUGGUGCAGGAUUGAUAGGCUAUGGUUCCCCCAUCCAGGUGUUUUGGAGGGGUCUAUGACUAGACAACCUUUUCUCUGUCCUUUGGAUCAUGUAUUUGAGGUGAAUGUCAUGUUGAAAGAACUUCCGGAGGAAGAGUUUGGCCCCGGAAUAGAUAUUAGAGAGUACUCCAUACUUGAUAAUCCCUCAUUGCCCUUAGAGGUGAAAAAGUCAUGGCUUGAUGUUCAUCUCUGUAAAGAAGGAACACAAGAUUGUAAUGCUUCAAAUAAUGUAACUGUUGGGGGAGUACUUAAAUUUCCAAAGCAUAGCAAUGAAGAAACGUUCAUGAAAGUAUUUUCGUCCUUCAAGGAUGUAAAAGUCAUCCAGUUCUCGUCAAUGCGAGACGCAUUUACUGGUUUCGUCAACAAGGAAAGAGAAGAUAGAUUCAGAACACGGGUUAAACAUUACACCGGUAUAUGGUGCUGUGUGGUGGAUCACACGCCGGGUCAUAUAUAUUAUGAUAUGUAUUGGGACGAGAAACCUGGAUGGAAGCCAAUCCCUCCACAAACUUCUGCAGAUGAUCAUCCACCUUGGUGA